AAAAAAGUGUUGGCUGACAAAUUUCACCAGUUCUAUCCUGACUAGUUGAUUCACUAGUCUACCAAGACUAUCCACGUUCCAUGUAUUGGAAAUCAAUUUUGGGAGUUAAAGAAAAUGAUAUUAUAGUGCCAGCUGGAGAUCUAUUACCAUGCAAGAUUUGUGGAAGGACAUUCUUUCCAGCAGCACUGAAAAAGCAUACACCCAUUUGCCAAAAAACUGCUACUAAGAAAAGGAAGACAUUUGAUUCCAGCAGACAGAGAGCAGAAGGAACUGAUAUUUCCACAGUAAAACCACUAAAGCCACGGCCAGAACCCCCCAAAAAACAGUCCAACUGGAGACGAAAACAUGAGGAAUUUAUAGCAACUAUACGAGCAGCCAAAGGGCUAGAUCAAACUCUCAAAGAGGGUGGAAAACUUCCUCCCCCUCCUCCACCUUCAUAUGAUCCAGAUUACAUUCAGUGCCCAUAUUGCCAGAGAAGAUUUAAUGAAAAUGCAGCUGACAGGCACAUCAAUUUCUGCAAGGAACAGGCAGCACGUAUUAGUAAUAAAGGAAAAUUGGCUGCUGAUGCAAAAGGGAAGCUGCCUGCUCGAACACAGUACAAGCCUGCUACAGUUAAAAAGGCACCAUCUGCAGGAUCAACACCAUCCUCAUCACGCUUACCACAGCCAAGUAUUGUUAGCAAAACUGUUGUAGGUACACCUACGAGUAAAGUGUUAUCUACAGGUGGGCCUUCUGGAAGCAAAAUUCAGACCUUAUCUCCAGCUCAUAAAAAUUCAGUAAGCAUGACAAGCCCACAAGCAAGUAAGACGGACAAGUUAGGCCCACCACUGCGAACUGGAAGAGAUGUGCAAAGGUUGUAUGACAGUGAUGCAAAAGCAGACAGUACCGUCAAAAGACCAAAUGAGUUGUUGCCCAUUAACAAACCCACUGUGAAAUCUCGAAUAUCAACCCCUCCAAGUAUGGCAAAAAACGUGGGCACAGGUGCUCUGGCAAACAAAAGGAAAAUCUAUAAUGCAGAAAGUUAUUCAAGCAGGUCUGAUGGUAAAAUUGGGUAUGAUAGUGGAGACUCAGUCAAUGGAGGAAGUACAAAAAGCAGUGAUGAAAAUUCACCCGUACAGUUAUCAAAAUUUUGCCAUGAAUGUGGAACCAGGUACCCUGUGGAAUGGGCAAAGUUCUGCUGUGAAUGUGGAAUUCGAAGAAUGGUUGUGUGAAUGCAUUCAUAAAGGCAAAGAAAGCAAGCAGACAAAAAACAAAACAAAAAGAAAGAAACCCAGAGCUUCAGUUGCAUAUUUCAGCAUGGAAUGCUGGAGCACUCCUUCCUGUUAGAUUUCAUGCUGCAAACAUCCUGAAAUACCAUGUUGUAGUAAUUUACUGAGUGCAAUCCUUUUGUUUGCAUAGAUAUUUAUGUAUAAAUAUAUAUACUGUAUAUAAAAAUAACAGGUACCUAAAACUGUGCCAUUCAAGGAGACUCUAAUCUCUGUUGGAAAGUAUUUUAAACUAAGUAGUGGUGUGUUUGGCAACUUAGCAAAUAGAAAUGGAUCUUUUUAUAGAACCCUAGUAUGUAAAAUAUUCUAGUUAUGAAAUAUUUGGGCUAAAAAAUGCUUCUGAGGAGGAAUCAGAUACUUAUGGGACACUAACUAAGAAACUGUCUUUUAAGGAAAUAUGAAAACUGCAUGAGCAGCUCCUAUAACUUUCUAAUUAAAAUACUGAAAGAUUGUUUUUGGUUAAAGAGAUUAAACCAUAGUAUUCUAAUGAGCUUCCAUGGUUAUUUUCUGGCACUGCUUCUGAAAGAUUUGCUAAAGCAAAUGGACUGAAGUGCUGUGUGAAAGUAGUGUUCACCUAUGUAAAGAAUAAUAGGAAUUGAAUAAGAACCAGUGAAGGUUAUUACAUAUUUACAGCCAGCAGUAUGGCACCAGGCGUUUUUUUUAAAAGCUAUGUUUUUCAUAAUGACAUGCUUUCCUUUCCACAACCGUCCACAUGCAUCUUAUCCAACAGCUCCCAUCUCUCCUUCCAGAGGUGUCUGCAAGUUCCUGCUCUCUUCACUUCCCUCCUCUUUCUCCAGAAGGAAAGACAAAAUAAUUCACUCCAAAAUUUUUAAAAAAAAGUUUCUUGGAUAUUUAUUGAGAAUUUCCAGUUGAUGGCUUUAAUGGAUGAUUAUCAUAGAUGAUGAAAAUAUAAUCUGUACAUCCAUUUUUUAAACAGUCCUUAUAAUGUAUCUAACAUGAUAGAGGUCCAUAUAGUUAUAUGAAACUGGUACUGUAAGUUUUGAUAGAAGUCCUCACUGCCUUUAUUCUUAUCCAUGUGCAAAGGCACAGCCAUAUGUUUUAUGGAGCAAUUAUGCUUCAUGGAAUAGUAUGAAUAUUUAAUUAUUCUGUCUGCAAUUUCUGUGUUCUCCUGGGCGGUGUACUGCAGCCAUUGAAGUCAAUAGCAAAACUCACAUAGACUUCCAGGAAAGCAGGAUCAGGCACCUUAGCUGUUUAAUUUUUGUAAUAUGAUAACUAGAGGGGGCAGUUUAAAUAACCAGGCAAAAGCUGAGUUUCUUAGUCUGUGUCUUAAUUUAAAUGUUUCUGUUAUGUGAUGUUGCUUUAAAGUGUUUUAAACUAUUUUGGUUUCCCAGGGAAAAACAAUCUGAAAGAAUCUAAUUGUGCCUUUCCCAAAUUAACUGUGCUGACUUGUCCAAAGUUGUUGUUUUUAAUUCAUUGCUGACACUAGUAUACUAUGUGUAUGAUUUUUGUUAAGGUGUUAUAUUGAAGCUUUUUGCCACAUAUGGUAUGACGUUGCAAUAUUUUCAAUUAAUGUAAUCCAAAAGUAGUAAUCAUAUUUUUGGAGAAUACAGAUAAGGGGGCCAGUUACAAACAAAAUACAUUUCAUAUCCAUUUUGUGGAUACUCUUCUCCAAUUUUUAUGGAUAUCUUUAGGGAUUUGAUGCUGUCGUUUUGUGGGCCCUAAAAUAUCAUUGCUAUUUUAGGAUGACCAAGUUCAGUGGUACAGAAUUGUUUUGUAAUCUUUCUGAGAAAUUAAAUGCUUCUAGGAAUUGUCCCUUUACCAGAUAUAUUGACAUCUUUUCUAAUUCUCCAAUAUAGCCACUGAGCUGCCCAUGUUUAGUAUGUAAGGGUAGAUAACUAUUAAAUGUGAUGUUGUAUAAUAGGUAGACUUGAUGGACUUUAACUGAAUUUGGGUGCUAGAAAUUAAAGUGAAUAGAAUGUCCUUUUGGCAGUUUCAUAUAUACAUAUGGGAAUUACAAUUCUGCAUCCCUUGUGGACAUAAACCCCAGGGAAAAUGUGCUCCAGAAUCACAUUAGGGUGUCUGUUGUCCUUCUGUGGGCCGUCUGCUCUGGUGUGAAGUGCCCAAGGAAUUUAAGAAUGAGCCAAAUAUGGGCUCAGCCAAGGGACGCUUAAGGUUCAUAGGCCCAGUGUCUGAUUUAGUUUCUGUUCUUAUAUAUGUUGGCAAAUUAAAUGUUAUCAGUUUUUAAAAAAAUAAAUGGUAGCAGCCCAGCACUCAUCAUGAGCAAAGCUGUAAUAACAGCAAUGUGUGCGUACUAAACUUUCCGUUUAUAUUGUAAGGAAACAGAUUAGUUUCACACUUACAAGGAUUUAAUUGUGAAUAAUGAAAGGAGUGAAGGAAUUAUUUACAAAAUUAUGAAAGCCUGUCCUUUGAAACCAUAAAUGCCAGGUUUCCCAAUUCAAUACAUACAAUACAUGGAUUUAUAUUCACUGCUCUCUGAGCUGUUGUGUAAUGCAGUGCUUCAAAGUCAGGUUUUAGAAAAUUAUCCUAGAGUUAUGCACCAUUUAUUUUCUUUUAAUUGAAAUUUUGUGUGUUUUAGUCUAAAGUUUAAUUCAGUAUUACAACUCAGUAAAUUUAAACCUAGAUUAUUGACAAAAUGUAACAUUUAAUAAUGUGCACGUUUGAAUCGUCUAUAAUAAAGACAUGAAAACACUAACAAAAAUUUUGAUUAUCCAGUUUGUUACUGCAUACUGAGGCUGUAUUCAGUAUGUUAAGGUUUGUUUAUCAAAAUGUUUUUAUUAUCUAAUGGGUUAGAUUUUUCAUGUAUCUAGUGCUAUCUACAGAGAACUGCAUUGCAUACUGUAGCAGCACUGACUGCUGCCUUUCCAUCCAAAUGUUUGUUAGCUAACAAAAAUGGAAUGGUUUUCACAAUACUCAUUGCAGAUAAAACAUAAGGAACAUAGUUAAGUGUCAUAUAAAAAGCAAGAAAUAAGCAUGGUAAUUGAAGGAAGAUUAGUGAAGAUCUUGAAAGCUCAGUGUACAUCUCUCUAAGAAUAUGUAUAAAGCAUAUGUUCUGUGUGAACUCUUCAAAAGUUAUUAUCCAGAAUUAAAUUAAUAAAGCUAAGCUAAUCAUUUUUAAUUAAAAUGGGAAGAACACUAGAGAUGGAUUAUGAACCCCAAAACUGCUGAAUAACGACACGCACUAACUGUACAUUUUAAAAAUCUCUGAAUAAUUUUUUUGGUGUAAUUACAUGGUUACAGUAUUACUUUCACCUCCAGGACUUUGACAACUUGUAUUAUCUACCAUAUAUAUUGUGCUAUUAGUUCUCUUGCAAAGGUUCUCUUAUUCUGUAGGAGGGAAUCAGUGGAGGGUUCUUGCAUGAAGAGCCAGCUCUGAGGUGAAGGUUAAUGGUAGGUCCCACAGUUGCCAACUUUCACCUGGUAAAUAAGCACCCUCACAAUAAGCCAGAAAUCAAGCUAAUCCCAUUUCAAAACAGGCCAGUCCCUAAGAACCCCAACAUUCUAUGUGACUAGAUCCUCCCAGUGUGCAGUCUGGGACUGGGGUGGGCCCACUGUACACUGCUGACUCUCUCACCCCUUUUCCCCUGCUUGCCCUCCUUUACUCCUGCUUGCCGGGAGCCAAUCAAGAAAAAGAAGCAGCAAGCUGCAAGCCCAACAUGCAACAAGAUAUAAACCAAAAACUAACCAACAAGCAGCUCACAAGCCAAUUAAACCAAAAACAAGCCCAAUUUCUGUGUUUUUUUUCCGUGGGUUUGGCCCUACAUGCCAUCUUGGCUGCCACGCCAUGUUCCCUGUCCUGAAGGUGUUGAGUGCUGCCUCUUUUUAGGAUUUAGACCACCAGCACCUAGAACUAGGGCCAUGAAAAACAUUUCUGUGCCCCAGAAAGCAGACACCAGACUUAGUGCCUUGCCUUCCCCUCUGCCUGUCCGUUUCUCCCUCAUUCUCUCUCACAUUUUUCAUUAAAAAUUGAACUUUGAGGCGGAGCUUUGAAUUCCCCAUUACAUUUCCCUUGGUAGAUUUGAAAAUCUCUCAAUCUUUAAGGUUUGUUGCCCAGUAAUGAGACCGAGCUUGAUGUUAGGAGCUCUCCAUGGUGCUCUAGCACUGAAUCUGCUCCUACAGUGCAUCUAAUAAUCAGUCUUCCAUUGCACGUGCUACAGCGAGUGAGGGAAACAGAGUGCUGACUGCAAAGUGCAUUUCAGCAACAGCCGCAAUGUUAGAACAUCAUGGAGGGUGUCUGUUACUGAGAGGAAGUGGCUCAGUAUUGUGAUGGUGCAGUGGUGGCCAGGGAGGAAUAGGUAAAAACUAUUUUUUCCUGAUGGAAAUAGCAGAACAGUAUCUCUCUGCAGUAGCUUAAAUGCUGCGUGCUGGCAUCCCGCAUGACUAGUCUACUGAACAUGAAAUCAAAUAAUAUUGUCUGAAUGCUAUAAAAAUCUCCUAGAAAUGUUAGUUAUCAGUCACAUUGAUUCUGUAUUGUAUGAAGAAUAAAACACUCCUGGUAGAAGCUUUCUGAAAUCAUUACUGGAAAAAUUGUGUUGCUAGAAAAGGGGCUAUUUUCCUACUUACUUGUAUUGUUUUUGCUAAGCAGUGAAACUUAAAUGAGAACAAGGUUUUGUGCUUGCAACUGUGUCAAACACUGAAAAUAAAUGUACAUGAAAUGAUGGUUAAUGAAAUUGAGUGAAUUUUACUUGCUUGCCCAAAAAAGAAUUACUUGCCUGAGGCGAGUGAGUGAAUAGAAUUUUUCAAGACUCAUUUAUUAUUAAUCUGUGGGUAUGUAUCUUUUUUAAAUUCAAAACAUAAUGGAGUAAAGAGUUCUAUUGCAUUUUGAUAAGCACAGUUGAUUAAAACCAGAUUCGCCUGUGGUGUGUUAGUUUCUUUUUAACCCACUAGUAAGGUUAAAUCGUGGCCUCACUUUAUCCAUGUUGUAAAAAUAAUAUUUGGUAGGAAAUUAUUAGUGGUGGUUAGUAAGUUAGCACUCACUUAGUUCCUUGAGACUUUCUUCCUAGAUGUACAAUAUGGGGGUUCGCUGGUACAUAUUUCCAGAUGAAAAAGUUAAGGUUUUUUUUUUUAUUGUUAAAGUGCAAACAUGUUACCAUGUCAUGGGCACUAAAUAGAGCCAUUAAAUAUGUCCAAGCAAUUGAAAAACUUUACAAAUUUUCCAUUUACAAAUAUGAACAUUCUUCAUUUGAUACAUACUAAUCGAAAAGUAUUUUCCCCCAUGUAAAUAAUAGCCCUUGAGACUUAAUCAGAUGUAUUUUGAAGUUUCAUUCAGUUCAAAACCACUAAUGCAAAUAUAGUUAUAGAAUAACAGCAGUCUGUACACCAUUUCUGGUGUGGGCUUUUGGCAGAAAUAGUGUGGGAUUUGCGCAUGAUCCAAUGCUGAGCACUCAACAGCUGCUCUGCGUCUAGUGGAAUUUGCGUGUGCUUGUCCUCCUUUAAGCGCUGAUCCUGUGUGUCUUUUAUAUGCAUCUUCAUAAGGCAAAGCACCCAUUUAUUUAUUUUUAUGCCAAUGUUUUCCUUUUUAUAUAAAUGGUUCAUUAUUGUAUCUGAUAUUAUUAGAGGUGUCAUUACUUGAUCUGUCAUUGUUUAUGCCUGGCACUUUAAUAUAUUGAAUACUGUCAUAUUUGUCACUAUAAAGAGUCCGAUUUCUAUUAGGUGGCUUGAGUUUCUUGAUCACUUAUUUGCUAUGUGAAGUUUGAAUUCUCAAAUGUCAAUUCCAUUUUAAUUUGCAAAUUUAAUUUGUAAAGCGCUUACCCUCUACAAUCUUGCCACUUGUUAACAAUAAAGCAGAUUUGCUGGAUAAAA